UUGGCCUAUGUUUGGUAACCAGGAAAAGAAAAAGGAAAGAAGAGUAGAAAAAAGAAAUCCUAAAACCCUAGAAACACCGCGCCUCCACCAUAUUCCCAUUCAAACAGAUUAAGUUGGGCCCUGCGCGCGCGUUGUUUCCUAGUUCUCUUCUACGGUUCUACCCUCUGGAACGUCGAAUUUUCUAUCUUUAUCUGAAGCUUUCGACCUACUGAAUCAUUUUUGUAGUUCUCUUUUUCUAGUGCUAGCGAUGGAUGUAGCUGUCGUCGAAUCCUCAAACGGGGCAAAAUCGCCGGAUUUUGGGCUUAUAGUAGGCGAGAAUUACGAAAUCAUGUUAAAAGAAUCAAUAGAACGGUUCCUAGACCAAUGCCGGAGAGGCAUCUCCGAUUUUUCUGGUUUUAGUUCAAUGUUCUUCCGUCUACUGCAAGCUAGGGUUGAUCCACCUCUCGAGAUCAUCUGGUUUUACUCUGCAGUCAGCUUUCGUGCUGGUGAUUUAGUGGGUCAUGAUCCCCAGAGUCGAGUUUUGAUGGCAAAGGAUCUGUUCCAGCUGCUUGCCGCUUGUUCAGCUUCGUGUAAAGGCUUUAAGAGUAUCGCUGUACUUGCUCCAGUUCUAUUCGAAUUGUUCCAAUCCGUCGUUAAUUUGCCGGAGAAAAAGUUGUCUUCCAAGGGGGAGAAGAAACUGACGAGAGAAAUCGAGGGCCUGAUCGAAGGAAUUGUUAGCUAUAUUAGCAUUUGUUGUAGCAAGGGUUCUGAUGAAGAAGAUGCUCUGGUGGCUCUGCUUCCGUGUUUCAAAGAUUUGAUUCGGGUCUGGAUGACUGAUCGACUGGAACGGAACCGUGAUGUUUGGGAAGAUUUGAGGAUGCUUUUCCCACUCGUUAGUGAAGAUAUUCACCAAGGUCUUGCCGGAGGAGAAUGCGUGUUAGGCUACCUGGCUGGUGUGGUUAUCGUCGAGUCUUUCUUGCUGAGACUUUGCUUGAGGUUUCGAGCUGGGCUUUCGAGAGAAGAGUUGAAGAAAGAUUUGAGAACUUGGGCAGUUGGUUCCGUGACUGGAUUUCGGAAUUCUUACUUCUUUGAGACCCUUGCCAGGAUGCUACUGGAACCAACUUUGCCUGUCACCGGUUUAUUGGUCAGUAUACAUUCCCUUGAAAUUUUUAUUCAACUACAUUCAUUUUUUUGUGGGAUAUUAUUCUUUCAUUAGAUGAUUAAGAUCUCCCUGAAAUUUCU